AUGUUAAAGACACUCUUCCACUUGUCGGUGUUCGUAAUAAACUCGUCGUUUCUGUGUUACGACCAAAUGUAUCUUGAAUUACCGAUGCCAACGAAAGCCAUGGAGAACUUACCGUUUAAAUCGAGGAGCAUGUUUUUAACGAUAUGGUGUCUGGUAUUGCAGACAAUAUACCACUUGGUGUCGUUUCUAAACGACAUCGCGGGAUCAAACGCGAGGGCGCCAAAAAAACCGCCUGUCAUCAGAAAAAUUAAAGACACUCUUUUCAGUGUUGCAUUUACAGCAGCUAUAUACGUAUCACUCGCGUUUUGGGGAAUAUACGCGGUGGACAGAGAUCUUAUAUUCCCAGAUGCUGUAGCAAAAGUAUACACACCUUUGUUCAAUCACAUCAUGCAUACGACCAUAACUGUGUUCAUAUUAAUAGAAUUAUUGACAUCCCACAUAAGUUAUCCGUCAAGAAAAGUCGGACUCAGCGCCCUCUUUACUUUCAAACUAUUGUACUUGACUUGGUUCUUUGUUAUUUACGUCAAAACAGGCGCCUGGCCGUAUCCUAUAUUCGACAAGCUGAAUUGGCCGGCAAGAUUCGGGUUUAUAGCCGUUAGCCUCUACAUUGCUUUUAUUUUCUAUGUUAUCGGCGAAAAGAUUAACAAACUUGUAUCUAGUUCUAAGGUUACGUACACAAAUGGCACCACGAAAUCCAAGCCAAAGAAAACUUAG